AUAACCCAGUCCUCUCACUGAUGUAACGCUGUCCAAAGUGGUGGAGAUGUAAAUAGUGUUUUUAGUGCUUUCUGGAUUUAAAUCGCUGGAAUAACCGUUAUAUUUGGGAAACUAAUUGAAAAGCCAAAGUAGCCUUGAAAGUUAUUGUCAGCUUAUUAGAUUACUGCGCCAUAGGUUGGUGGUUUCUGAUCGUCCAUCAUGUCACCCCAUAAUUGUAGCUCGGGCCAUGCUAGCAAGUUGUGAUGAUUCCACCAUGCAGCAUUACAGCAAUGAAUUAUGAUAAAAAAUGAGGUUUCGAAAGUCUGUUGCAUUCAGCAGUGUUAUGGACACGCAAAAAUCUGUAAUUCUUGAUGAUGAAGGGGAAAAGAUGGUAUGUUAUGGAUACUGUACAAGUGUUAUUAAGACAUUGCUGUUUGGUAUCCUCGUGUUAUGUUCUGGAGGGUUUCUGCUGUUAGUUUGUUACUGGAGGCCUGACUGGAGUUUAAUUCUUAGAUGUAGGAAAUGUUUCCUAAGGGAGGCAGAMUACGUAUUAAUUAAGACAUCACAUCAUACUUGGGCUGUCGAAAAAGUACAAACACAAAUUAUAAAAGGUGGAAUUUGCACAAAUCUUAAACUUUCGUAUGAAACAGAGAAUGGCAGUAAAUGUGAUGUUGAAGCUGACUCUUUUACCACAGAAAAAAAGAGGCUACUUAAAAAUGUUUCAUCUCCUCCCUACAAAGUGUUGCGUUAUUUCAUGCAUAGGCAUUUAAAGUAUUUAUGGAACAAAGAAGUUGGCUCAUUUAAACUAUUAAGAUUAUUAGAUCAUGGACUUACUGUUAAAGGCAUUUAUGACCAUGCAUCAGGGCUGGCAACGGAAGAAGCAGAGACAAGGAAACUCAUUUAUGGAACAAAUAUCAUUGAUGUUGAAGUCAAGUCCUAUGCAAGAUUGUUUUUUGAGGAGGCUCUUGAUCCCUUCUAUGUCUUUCAAGUAUUCAGUGUGUCACUAUGGAUGUCUGAUGAGUACUAUUACUAUGCUUCUGCCAUUUUUAUCAUUUCAUUUGGAUCUAUCUUACUAAGUAUCAGACAGACAAAGAAGCAUUUGACAAAUCUGCGUAACAUGGUUGCAAUGUCUACUAUUGUAACAGUUCUUCGCAACAAUGGAGUUGCUGAGGAUAUUCUCUCAGAGGACMUGGUACCUGGUGAUGUCAUUGUUAUACCUUCCCAGGGUGCUUUGAUGCAGUGUGAUGCUGCUCUUAUCAGUGGUAACUGUAUUGUUAAUGAAAGCAUGCUAACAGGUGAAAGUGUCCCUGUCACCAAGACACCUUUACCAGGAAGAGGUGUGUCAAAAACCGUAGUACAAAAUGAAGAAAAAGAACCAUGUUAUGACACAAUAAAGGACAAACGCCACACACUUUUCAAUGGAACAAAAGUCAUUCAGACUCGUUAUUAUGGCAAGGCAAGAGUAUUGGCUGUAGUUGUGUGUACAGGUUUUUAUACAACAAAAGGUAGUCUUAUUAGGUCUAUUCUCAAUCCACGGCCAGUUGGAUUUAAGUUUUUUAGAGACUCCAUGAGAUUCAUUGGUGUCAUGUGUGUUUUAGCUUUAUUUGGUUUUGCAUACAGUGUGUACAUAUUGGUGGAUCACGGAUUAGGUGCAAGUGAAAUAGCUUUGAAAGCCUUAGAUGUCAUCACUAUAGCUGUUCCACCAGCGUUACCUGCAGCUAUGUCUGUAGGUAUGGUGUAUGCUUUGCAAAGACUCAAAAAGGAGGCGAUAUAUUGUAUUGCUCCUUCAAGAAUCAAUAUGUGUGGAAAGCUAAAGCUGUUUUGCUUUGAUAAGACUGGAACACUUACUGAAGAUGGCUUAGAUGUUCUUGGUGUUGUCCCUAUUGAAAAGGGAAGUUUUCUGUGCAUGAAUACUGAUGUCAGUAGCCUUCCUAAAGAUCCAUUAUUGGUUGCCUUGGCGACCUGUCAUUCAUUGACAGUAAUUGACAGCGAAUUGAUGGGAGAUCCUUUGGAUCUUAAAAUGUUUGAAGCAACAGACUGGGUGCUUGAGGAACCAGGAGAAGAUACAGAGAAGUUUGAUAAUAUUGUGCCAAUAACUGUUAAACCAAAGAACAGCGAGGAAUUCAGCUUGGAGUCUGCCAUUGAGGGAAAGACUCCAUUUGAAGUAGCUAUGCUUCGGCAAUUUCCCUUCUCAUCUGAUAUUCAACGAAUGGGUGUCAUCACCAGGACUCUUGGAGAAAACCAUAUGAAUGUAUUUGUAAAAGGUGCUCCAGAGACAAUAGCACAACUGUGUCUACCAGAUACUGUACCCAAAGACUUCCAAGAAGAACUAGAGGCCUACACGGAGCAGGGUUAUAGAGUGAUUGGUUUAGCAUACAAACCUUUGGAUAAAAAGUUUACAUGGCAUCAGGCACAGCGUGUAGAAAGAAAUCAUAUCGAAAAGGACUUGGUAUACAUUGGAUUACUGGUGUUACAGAACGCCCUCAAACCAGAGACUACACCUGUUAUAGCUGUUUUACAAGAAGCAAACAUCCGAACUGUAAUGGUGACAGGUGAUAACAUGUUGACAGCAGUCAGUGUUGCACGAGAAUGUGGCAUAGUGGGAUAUCACCAAAAGGUUCUUCAGGUGUCAACGAAGCAAAAAGAAGACGAAGCUGUCAACAUGGACUUAGUAUGGAAUGUAGUUGGUGAGAUACGUAAGGGCAUUUCAUUAACGGAACAUUCAUUAGAUCUUGAGAAACGACAUCGUAACAGUUUCCACAUUGCUACGUCGGGAAAGACCUAUUCAUACAUCAGAGAGUACAAACCUGACUUGUUAAAAAAAAUUUUACUUUAUGGUGCAGUCUUUGCAAGAAUGUCACCUGAACAAAAAACUCAUCUUGUACAAGACCUUCAGUCUUUGGACUACUGCGUUGGUAUGUGUGGAGAUGGUGCCAAUGAUUGUGGGGCACUCAAGACAGCUCAUGCCGGUAUAUCCCUUUCUGAAGCGGAGGCAUCCAUCGCUUCACCGUUUACUUCAAAGAUUCCAAACAUUGAAUGUGUCCCAAAAGUGAUUAGGGAAGGCCGCUGUGCGUUAAUAACUUCGUUUGCCUGUUUUAAGUAUAUGGCCUUAUACAGCAUCGUACAAUUUGUAACCGUUCUUAUGCUUUACUCGAUCGCGUCUAACCUUGGAGACUGGCAGUUCACAUACAUCGACCUUAUCAUCAUUACAAGCCUCGCUCUCGUUAUGGGGUACCAGCAUCCUUACCCAAAGCUGGUAAAACGUCGUCCAGGAGGUAGCCUUGUGGCUCCCAUCAUUCUCUUCUCGCUGUUUUCACAAAUCAUUGUUCAAACACUUGUUCAAGUGGCCGGAUUUUAUUAUGUACAAACACAGACUUGGUUCACCCCAGUAAAUGUAACGCAAGCUCUUGCAUCUAAAGAUGAAGUGACAAUCGCUUGUCAUCAGAACACAGUGUUAUUCACCCUAUCUUCUUAUCAGUAUAUCUUACUUGCUGUAGCCUUCUCUCGGGGAAAACCGUACCGCCUUCCAAUAUAUCGCAAUUUUUGGUUUCUCMUUGUCCUUCUAGUAUUAACUGCCUUUACAACUUUCCUCUCACUGUACGACGGGGAUCAACCGCUAAAGUUUUUCGAGAUUAUGCCUCUUCCUGAUUUCAACUUCCGUCUUACAUUACUUGGAUUUGUUGCAUUAAAUUUUAUAAUAUCAAUGUUUAUAGAGGACUGUCUGGUUCCAUCUCAAUGCCUCAGCAACUUUCUAAAUACCCUGCGACGGAAAAAACAGCCCAAAAAUCGUUACAAAAGACUUGAGGAUGAAAUUUGUUCAGAUGGAGAAUGGCCUCCUUCAUUCUAGAAAACCAAUAUACAGUGUAUUAUUACUAUUAUUUUUAUAAAAAAGGUAGCAUAUCCAUUUAACCCAUGCAUUGCAUGUAAAUCAGAGAAUCAUAACAAUAAUAAUGUGCUAAGAGCGCAUUUAAAUGAUCUCAAUAUAUUCAUCAAUAGACUUUUUUCAGCAAACGCCGUUAAUGAUUUYGGGUUCACAAAUUCCUAAGUAUAUUUCCAGAUGUUAUAUAAAAUGACUUUAUUUGUAUAUCGACCGUGUUUAUGUCUUGGAAAUUUGAGAUAAGCACUCCAACGAAUAACAAACCGAUUCAAAGAGAUAGUCAUAAAAAAGAACAAAGCAUAUUUGCUUGAACCAUGUGAAGACGUUGUGCAGCUCAAUAUUGAUAUUUUUUUCAGCAAACAUGUCUAAAAUUUUAGAACAUUUUAUGAAAAUAAUUAUUCAUUUAAUAUAUACUUUAUUUUCUAUUACAAACUUAAAGUAAAUUAACCAUUCCUUGGUAAGGUUUAUGCGGUAUAAAUAACUCAUUUAUAUUUCAUCAUUUUGAGUAUAGUAUUGCUAUCUAAUAUACUCAAUAUUGCAUUGUCUGUACAAAGCUGAGCUUGAGAUGACCCGACGGAAAUAAAAACAAACUAAUUGGGGAACUGUAACAUCCACCCAACCCUCCCCUUCAACAAAAUUUUAAAGAAAUGCCUUGGUAAACUGAUAAACUCCUUAAGAAAACGUUUUCCUAUUGUCAUUCAUGAAUGGCUUCUGAAAUUGUGACUAUUAAAUUAAUUCUGAAACAAAA